CCAGCCUCCGCCGCCUCAGCUUCCCGAGCGAGCCCUGCGGCCGCCGGAGCAGCUCCCGCGGCGGAGCAGGAGCCGGAUGGUCAGAGGAGCCCGGCAACCCCAGCAGCCGCGGAGUCGCCUGGCCCCCAGACUGACUGGCAUAGUGGAGAAACCACCUCGAAAACGGAAAAGCAGGACUGAAUUUGCGCUUAACGAAAUCAUGUCCUCUGGAGGUGCUGAAGAUGAUAUCCCACAGGGAGAGAGGAAAACAGUUACAGAUUUUUGUUAUCUUCUGGAUAAGUCUAAGCAGUUGUUCAAUGGAUUAAGAGAUUUGCCACAGUAUGGGCAGAAGCAGUGGCAGUCCUAUUUUGGAAGAACUUUUGAUGUUUACACCAAACUCUGGAAGUUCCAGCAGCAGCAUCGACAAGUCUUGGAUAAUCGGUAUGGCUUGAAGCGGUGGCAAAUAGGGGAAAUUGCUUCUAAGAUUGGGCAGCUAUACUACCAUUAUUACCUACGCACGUCUGAGACCAGCUAUCUGAAUGAGGCUUUCUCCUUCUAUUCUGCAAUCAGACAGAGGUCAUAUUAUUCUCAAGUCAAUAAAGAGGACAGACCUGAGUUGGUCGUUAAGAAGCUACGAUACUAUGCAAGAUUUAUUGUAGUUUGUCUUCUGCUCAACAAAAUGGAUGUUGUGAAGGAUUUGGUGAAGGAGUUGUCAGAUGAAAUUGAAGAUUAUACUCACCGCUUUAAUACAGAAGAUCAAGUGGAAUGGAACCUGGUGCUUCAAGAAGUAGCAGCUUUCGUUGAGGCGGACCCCGUGAUGGUACUGAAUGAUGAUAAUACCAUUGUUAUCACAUCUAAUCGCCUUGCUGAGACAGGAGCCCCAUUGCUGGAACAGGGCAUGAUUGUGGGGCAGUUGUCUCUGGCUGACGCACUCAUUAUUGGUAAUUGUAAUAACCAGGUUAAGUUUAGUGAACUAACUGUGGACAUGUUCCGAAUGUUACAAGCCCUGGAAAGGGAGCCAAUGAAUUUAGCUUCCCAGAUGAAUAAACCUGGAAUGCAGGAAUCAGCUGAUAAACCUACCAGACGAGAAAACCCCCACAAGUAUCUGCUGUACAAACCAACCUUCAGUCAACUAUACACAUUCUUAGCAGCAUCUUUUAAGGAGCUGCCUGCCAAUAGUGUGCUUCUGAUUUACCUGUCAGCCACUGGCGUUUUCCCCACAGGUCGUUCUGAUAGUGAAGGUCCUUAUGAUUUUGGAGGGGUACUUACUAAUAGUAACCGGGAUAUUAUAAAUGGAGAUGCCAUCCACAAACGAAAUCAGUCCCACAAGGAAAUGCACUGCCUUCAUCCAGGAGACCUCUACCCUUUCACGAGGAAGCCCCUGUUUAUUAUUGUGGAUUCAUCCAACAGUGUCGCAUACAAGAAUUUCACAAACUUAUUUGGACAGCCACUAGUCUGCUUGCUUUCUCCUACAGCAUAUCCAAAAGCUUUACAAGAUCAAUCUCAACGAGGUAGCCUCUUCACUCUCUUUUUGAACAAUCCUCUAAUGGCCUUCCUAUUUGUCUCUGGAUUGUCAAGCAUGCGCAGAGGCCUAUGGGAAAAAUGUCAAGAAUAUCUUCGAAAAAUCAACCGUGAUAUUGCCCAGCUACUGACCCAUUCACGUUCAAUAGAUCAAGCAUUUCUCCAGUUUUUUGGAGAUGAAUUUCUUCGCUUGCUUCUCACAAGAUUUAUCUUUUGUUCAGCCACCAUGAGGAUGCACAAGAUUUUUCGGGAAACACGAAACUAUCCAGAAUCAUAUCCCCAACUGCCAAGGGAUGAAACAGUGGAGAACCCUCACCUCCAGAAGCACAUUCUGGAAUUAGCGUCCAUUCUGGAUGUUCGAAAUGUGUUCCUCGAGAGUACCAUAGAUGACUAUUAAAACAAAAAUCCUCUUGUUGAAACAAUUUUUCAUUUGCCACAGAUUUUACAUGGUGCCGUUUUUUAAUGUGAUGACAGACACGUAGUGGUGUUACUUAGUUUUAAUUUUUUAAUUUAAGGCCACCAUUUUAAAAACAAACUGAAAAAAUUGUUCAGACUUUUAGGGUAACUGUUUUAAAAUACAGUCUUUCAAGUCUUUUAAAAAACUCAAUUAAUCUUGGAAUUUUUACUUUUCGGUUUUGAAGUAUGGCUACUUACCUCCAACAUCUAUCCCUACACACAUAUAGUCAAUGUUCUCACCCUCAGAAGAGUAAAUCAUUUAUUUUUAUAUAAUGAAGAAAAUCCAACUCUUAUACUUGGACCUUAAAUGUGUGGAUUUAGAAAAUAUAUCAUUGUUCACAAAGAUGAAACUAGCCAGCAUGGACUAUUAAAAAUCAAGAACAGUCUUUCCAUAAUAUUUCUUUUCAUUCCAACUUAGUAGGUAGACAAAUGUGUGAUUCUUUGAAGCAUUAUCAAGACCAUUUUUGAAAUCAUUUAAUUCAUUAAAUCCUGUCAUAAUUUCAGAAACUGUAUAGGAUUGAUUUGCAUCUAAAAGUUAAAUCUUUAAUUGGAGUCUUAAGAUGAUAAAUAUCACUUGGAAUGUGUGAGCCCUGUGUUAUCAUGAUAUAUGCUGGCAUAUUUUGCUUUCUUUGUAAUCUGAAUGCUAGAAAUGAAAAAAAAAAAGACUUUUAAGUAUUUCAGUCAAAAAAUCAGAUUGUUGGUUUCAUAAUACAAUGUUUCCACAGGAAUUCUAUUUAAUCUUAAUUCAUGAUAUCAAGUUUAAAGACUAUCCAGAUUGAGGGCUGUGGCAUAGAGUACAGAGAUUAUAUAAUCUUUUUGCCUAGUUCACGUUUAUGAGAUGUCAAAGUCAGAGAUGUUAUUAAUUUUAGUUGGGGAUAACUGAAUUAUUACUUAACCUAAAAUGGAAGUAACUUUUGCAUUGACAAUUUGGAAAUAAGAUUUUUUUAAACUCCUGAUAUUUAAUAUUUCAUAUUCAUGCACAAGUUUUUUUUUAUUAUUUUAAAUAGGAUUCCAUAUAUAAUAUAAAGUUUUUUGUGUUUUUCUUCUCUGUCAUCCCCUUCAUAAUUUCAUAAGCAUUGUGACGAUGCUUUGGGUUUUUUUACCCCCCUUCUUUUGACUCCACAGCAUUCAAGUUCAGAAAUCUAUGAACCAAAAGCCCGUCUACCUAACUGUAGAUUUUGUACAGGCUCACAUUCUACCUCUGGCAGUCCCAGGGGAAAUAAGGUGAUAGCUUUUGGUGCCUCUUUCCUGUGUCCUUAGGGAAAUUUUACUGUAAUAUUUUUAACUUGGUUUUCAUUUCAGGCAUAGGGAAUUAUUUGGGACUAAGUUAUUCAUAUACCUGUCCCAAUUUGCUGAUUUUUCAUCUGAAGUCUUGAAAUUAUUGUUCUUGGGUUUAGGGGACUUCGUGGUAUUUCAUUCUUUUUUUUUUUUUUUUUCAUUAUUUUGUUUGUUCUUUUAAACCUUGUUUCAGAAGCUUUGAAAACUUAUCCUGGAGGAUAAGUUUUCCUUUGCCUAGUGGGUUGUUUUUCUUUAUCAGAUAAAGACUGCUUUUCUUUUCUUCAGUACCUUUAUAAACUUUGUGGCUUUCCUUUCAUAACGGUGUUCACCUGGAUUAUAGCAAUAGGCUGACCUCUUGUUUCAGUCCCCCUGAAUUUCUGUGCCAGUAAUGUACCUGACCUCACGUAUUUUCCUCUCCUCUGAUGCUUAAAAUAGUAUUUAUUCUCCUGAGCUUUAUUCUCACCUGUUUAGCAUAAAGAACCCUGGUCUGAGAACUAGGGAGACCUGAGUUCUAAUCCUGGCUUCCCUGGUAGCUAGCUUUAUGCCCUUUGACAAGUAUCUUCUUGUUUCUGUUUUAUAGUAUUCUCAUCUGUAAAAUGAAGGCAUUAGGCCAAGGUCCUGUCCAGUUUUAUGGUUCUAUAAUUGCAAUCUUGAUUUCCCUCCCCGUGCCACCUGGAAAACUAGUUUUUCUGAGUUUACCAUAGACAUUUUCUUUUCUAAGUCAUAUUUAACUUGUUUUUGUUCACGAGAAUAUCUGAGUCUCGGUUACUGUAGAAGCUAAUCUGGUGAAGAAAUUAGAGCUUUUGUGAUUAGAAACAUGUUUGUCCAAGAGCAAGGGGUCUUAGAAAUCACGACGAGGGUUUAGAUGAUGACAUUGUUACUUAAACUGAUAGUAGUGUAAUUUCUUAUUGGUGGUUAAAAAUCUAAAGUGAGCCGAAGCGAUCUUGAAUCUUUAAGAAAGGAAAACUGUGCUAGAAAAUUCUGUACCAUUGUUUCAUUCAUGCCUUCAAGAAGACGUGGACUGAACAAACUAUACUCCAGAUUUUGUUCUAGGCAUUGGGAAAGCAAAUGAAUGAGACUUUAAAAUCCUUGUCUUCAUGAAGCUUAUAUUUUAGUAGGAGUCAGGCAAUGAACAUAAUAAAAUUUAUGUUAGAGAGUUGUAAGUUGUAUGAAGAAAAUUUAGAACAUGGUAAGGGAAAUGGUUUGAUUGUUUUGGGGUGAAGAACAGUGUCUAAGUGAGUGAUCAGGGUAAGCCUUAGUGAGAAGAUUAUAUUUGUGCAAACAAUUCAUGUUUCUUUCUUUUUUUUUUUUACUUUUAUUAUGAAAAUUUUAAGCAUAUGUAGCAUUUAAUGAACCAUCCUGUACCCAUCACCAAGCUUCUACAUUUUAAGACAUUACUUUAAGCAAGGCAUAAGAAGUGUAAAAGGACAAUCACCCAUGGGUAUAGGCAAAGAAUCUCUUUUUUCAGUGCAUACCACUCCCCUUUAUAAAUAUAUAAAUAUUAAGCCCUUUAUUUAUUUAAUUUUAGAAUUCAUAGAAAUUUAAACAUUGGAACUAAGAACAAAGCAAAGCCAAGGGAAAAAAGCACUUCUUUGUUUUCAAAUUGUACAAGCUCCCCCUGGAGAUUCUGAUACAGUCUCUCACCUCCCUUAAGAAUCACUACAAAAAAAAACAAGGUAUAGGAUUGCAAGAAGUCCCUUACACAGAGAACAGUGUUAAUAAGCACAAUGGAAUUAUUUUCUCUUUCUUUAUCCGUAUAUUUCUGAAGGUGGUAAAGCAGCUAUUUCCCCUACUUCUCAGAAGAGAAAGCUGAGACCCUAAAACACUGUAGGUUUAUUCAUAGUGGCAGAGCUAGAACUAAAACUCAAAUCUCCUAACCUCAGCCCAGUCUUUCUGGUAGCUCAGGUUGCUUUCUGUAAUGAACAAGAAAGGAAUAAUUAGAGAUUUCCAUUUUGGCACAAAAGGUUAAGGUAUUUUUAAAAUGUAUCAAAUAUUGAAACCAGGAAAUCCGUCAGCCCUGCAAAUUUUUAUUUAUUAAUUAUAAGAAAUCCCCAAGUCAGACAAUUUAGCCUUGAUUCCAGCCAGGAUAUAUUUUUUUGUAUAUGUGUGUGUGUUUUCCUCCUAGGAAAUGGUGCUCUCAAAACCUCUCAAAGCACAGAGAAUUUAUUAUACCCUUUAUAUUUUUACCAAGUUGAAAUGUUUUGAAAUUAUAAAAGCAAAGUGCAAUCUAGUCAUGACUGAAAUUUUCCUGAUACAGGAUCUGGGGUUUAUUUUUUCCUUACUUGUGGCUACUGCCCUUUAUUUUCUUCUUGUAAUAGAAUUCCCUGAAACAGAUUAGUUGGUAAGUGUACUGAAUUUCAUCGAGGAAAAUGGAAAAGCAUCCAAUCUGAUUUAUAUAUCAAUCUGUGGAGCUUUCUUUAGCAUUCUUCUCCAAGUUUAAUCUCUGACUUGUGUGACUUCAUAACUUUCUGUCUCUUAAAAGGGUUUUGGACUCAGUUGGAAAAUCUUGUACUUAGUUAUCCAUGAAGACUUGUAAUCAGCCUGAUAUAUAGAGAACAUUCUGGACUGGAAAUAGAGUAAGGUGCCAAGGGUUAGCCAACUUGGCUACUGCCAGUGAUUCAGAACCACCUCCCUACCCUAAGUGAGUAAAAAGAUUUGAUACGAAUAUGAAUGGUAUGAAUCUCCUGGUGAUAUUUUGGAUGUGUAUGUUCCUGUGUGUGUUUGGAGAGUACAAAGGGUAUUUACACGGGGGGCUCUUUUGUUGACCUUAUUUAUUUAAAAAUCUUAUUUUAUUUGUAAUCGCAUGUGUAUAUUUUUGUGAUGCUAAAUGCAAUCUCUGUAUACUUUUUUGUAUAUAUGUACAUAUUUGUAAAUAUAUUGGUAUGCAAUGAUGCAGUAUGUGUAUAUUAUAUACCCAUACCCACUGUGGGCUGAAUUUAUUUAAGUUCUAUGAGGACAUCAUAGUGGCAUCGUUCAUGCUGCUGUAAUUAGGUUGUGGCUGUAUCUCAUUCAUGAGCCUCUAUUUUGAGGGGCUUGUGUUUGGGUAAAAUUGGCUAAUUUGGAGUUGGAAUUAGGAUAUGAAGAUAUUAACAGAAAGCAGGAUAUUCUUAGCUUUAAAAUCAUCUGUCAAUUUCCAUUUAAAUGGAUGAUAAAUUAGUGAUAUAAACCUGAAAAACCUUAGUGUGUGAAACUGAGACACCAGCAGGUUCUUAAGCCAUUUCAGUCCUUUAUUUUUCUUGACCCAUAAUUGAGUAUUAUUAUUGAGUAGUAUUUAUAUUGGGAAUUAAGGGGCUGUGGAAAAAAUUACUUUGAUCACAUUUCAAAAUAGAUAGGAAAAUGUCCUUUAAAUAGAGAAAUUCUGUUUGUAGUUGCCAUGUCAAUACCUGAUACUAAAUUUUAAUUUUGGAACAGUGUUUUCACCGAUGUGUCCCAUUUUAUAUCUGUCUCUGUGAGGCAGAAAAAGGGGCAUUAGGUAGGGGAAGGCUGUACCUAGGUGGGGGUGGGAUUUAAUAAGGAACAAGAGAUUAUUAAUCUGUAUAUUUGCAGCAGCUGUGAUUAAUUUAGUCCUGUCUUGGCAUUUCAGACUAUAGAUUUUUCUUAUUGGAGUUGCAUAUCAAAGAUGAGUAGGCUCAUCUGAGAAAAUGCUUCUAGUGAAUAAAAUGCCUCCAGUUGUAUUUCUUUGUCUCUAUGAGACCACUUGUGUUCUGCAAAUUGAUGAUAUAUUCACACAUGAAAUAGAAUUCUUAAUAUUAGGUGCAUGGCAUGCUGUCAGAUCUGGGCCUCCAAACCUCUACCAAGGAUGAUGGGUGGGGGAGGAUAUCCUCUUAGAGGAUAGUGAAUAUGUGCAGUGCCAAUGUGUGAACAUGGAAUAUCACAGAGUAUCAGUGUUUGUUACUCCUGUUUUCACCUGGCCUGUGUAUUUGCACGGAAGAGUGUAGGAGAGGUUUAGUAUACCCUUGAACACAUUCACCACAAAAAUUAAGUAGAGGUUAUUUUUGCAUGAUAAAAUAUAACUGCAAAACAACUGUUUACCCCAUUAUUUUUCAAACGAUCACAUCUGUGUAAUACAAUAUUAAAUUAUCUUAAAAAGAGGAGUUAGAGUCAGAAGUCGGUUUUACCACCCAACAAAUGUUACAUUUGCCUCUUCAUUGUAUUUUUAAUAGGAAGCCAACUAUUCACAACACCUCUCAGUUACAGUAUUAAAUUUAAAAUAAAGUUGUAAUCGCCUUUUUCAUAAAUAAAUAUUAAAAUUUGGUAAUGUAUUAUUUCUGGAAAAUCAGUGAAAAUGUCCAUCAUGUCUGACGUUCUACUGUUCUAGUCACCAAAUCAUUCGUUGCAAUUGGAGAGUAGCAGAGUAGAUGUUAUGCUAUUUAAAAUUCAUAGAACUGGGCGCCUGGGUGGGUCAGUCGUUGAGCGUCUGCCUUCGGCUCAGGUCAUGAUCCCAGGGUCCUGGGAUCAAGUCCCACAUCGGGCUACCUCCUCCGGGGGAAGCCUGCUUCUCCCUCUCCCACUCCCGCUGCUUGUGUUCCUGCUCUCACUAUCUCUGUCUCUGUCAAAUAAAUAAAUAAAAUCUUUAAAAAAAUAAAAUAAAUAAAUAAAAUAAAAUUCAUAGAACUGACUCAGGCUCAGUAUGGACAUUAAUUUGAGGAAAGGAGCAGCAGUAAGAAGUGCAGUAGAUGAGACUGACAUUGUGAAUAUGACCUCUGUUUCUAACAGUUGUAAAGCCAGUUACUUUGCAGUUAAAUAAGGUAAGAAUUGCUUAGAAAACCAAACUUUUCCCCCAUUCUGUACUCUUAAGACUUUGAUACUUUAUUUCUAUUCAUGCUGCACUUCCCAGUCUCUCCUGGAUACUGUGACCACUUUACCUUAAAAAAAAAAAAAAGGGCAAUUCAUCUUCCUCAAGCUAAAAUUUCAGAAUAUGGUAUAAUCUGUGUUCCAGCUUAACUGAGUUUUUGAACAGACUUAUUAAGCAUGCCUUGUGUUUAAGGAAAAAUAAUUGAUGUGUGAAUGGAAUCAAUCACCUAUUGAAAGGAAAGGUGUCAGGAUAAUGUAGGGAGACAUACCCUUAAAUUGGGUAGAGAUAAAUGUAUUGAAUUAAGUGUAACUGACUUGUUGGUGCCAUAGAAAUAUUUCCUUUGGAAGUCUGUAAAUAUGAUAUGUUUUCUUAAAGUAAAUUUGGUAUUUUUCACUUACUAGUUUGGUGUAACUUUUGAGAAUUCCAUUUCUGUAUAAUACUGUUAAUCACUGAAGCACCAUUUCUUAAUUUUAAAAUAUUUUUGUUAAUUUCUUUUGUGUUUUCUUUAAAAGUUAUUACUUAUCAGACUACUCUAAGUGUGAUUUCUUUUAAGCAGUGCGAUUUUUUAAAAACAUUAUUUGAACAGUAGAUUCAGUUUUUUAAUAGUUAGAAGUACAUUUUGUUAAUUCUGCACUCCAGAUUCACUUAAGCCUGAAUUUGGUCAUAAAACAUACUACUUAUUAGGAAUAUUUCCCUAUUUUGGUGAACAUUUCCAGUCUAUAUCCUAAGACAAUCAUCUUUUUAGGUAUAGUAUUGUUUAUUGAAACAUUGGUAAUUUCAGGGUUCAGAGUUUUACUCUUCUGCUAGGCUUAUGGGAUGAAAUAGAGUGAGUGAUUCUAUCAUGUUCAGAAUGAGAUAGGGAAUUAUAGCUAGCUUUCCUAUAGGUCUGCAGUAAACAGUAUUUAAAUUUUUAUAUCACUAGUAUUAUUUUCCCUUUUGAAGCUAUUGUGAAUAUCCACUUGUCUGUGAUGAAAAUUAAGAUUUGUGAACAUUAAAAUUUGACGCAUAAGUUUUAUCAAACAUCAAAUCAGUAUGACCAACCAUUAUAAAUUGUGAAAUGAUAAUAUAUGAUAAUCCCAAAGUAAAUACUUCCAAACCAUAGAAAAAUAACCACUGCAUUUUAAAAAAUUUUAUUCUUACCCUCCUCUGCAUAUUACGAUUUUUUCCUAAAUUGUAUGUUGUGAUGUAUUAAAAAUCUACAGGAAAAAAAUUGCUUAGUAUGUUGUAGGGCAAUAAGAAUUUUUAUUAUUUCCUGAAGAAUGAGGUUGUGUUUGUUUUUUGGGGUUUUUUUUAGCUCUUGGUUAUCUUAUUAAAAAUAACUUUUAAUGGUUCGAUAAAAUAUUUUAGGACAUGUUUGUAGCUUUUUAUAAUUAUCUGGAUACAUUGCUUUUGCCACGUAGACCAUAUGGCUAGUUCUCCAAUGAUUUUUUGUUUGUUUUUAAUAAACCUUGCUGUUCAGCAAUCAAGGAGUCUUGUAUUUUAGAAACUUCUUCCAGUUGAGGUAGACAGGACUUAGAUAAUAGGAAAAGCAGAUACAAUGUCCUAACAUUUUCACAGUAGAGCUUACAAGUGAAGGAAAGUAUCCAAGUAGGUUAUCUUCAUUGUGUAGUACCAGUACAAAUAGUGGUUUCAUUAUCAUUGAGUCAGAUGAAGCAGUUAUAAAUCAUUUCUUACUUUGCUCUAAAGAUUAUUGUCAUUUCAGGCCACAUUAUUAUAUUCUCUGGGCAGUUUCCAUUGUAAGGUUAAAUAUCCUUUUUCUUUAUUCAAAUCCUCACUAAAGGUUAAGCUAAUCACAUAGGAGUUAAAAAUAAGUUAUGUUUGAUCUUUUUCCCUGAAAAUAAUGGUGAACCUAUUGUCUAUAUUAUGGAUAUUAGGCAUAAAUGCACUUGUUUCAAUCAUAGCAGAAAUUACAUUUGGAGAAUACAAUUACUUGAUUUUGUAGUGGUGUGAAAUACUUUUAAAAAAUUGUGCUCGUCUGUAACUGAAUGUUAUAGAAUUGUAACACUAUAGGGAUUAUAGAGUUAUAUUUAUUAGCUCUCCUCAAGUGAUUGAAGCACAAUAAUUUUCAUGUAACAGUUCUUAUCCAAGUGCUGCUAAUCUAUUUGCAAAUAAUGAAGCUAUUUGGUUGCCUAUCUAGCUAUUCACAAAUCACUGUAAUCCUUGAGACUUUGUCUUGUUGCUCAUUUGUACUAAAUUUUGGGUAUUGUGUGUUAAUAUUUUAGAUCAAAAUCUGUCAACUCAGCUCUGUGAGACAGCAAACCAUUUAGAUUCACUAGUUUUAUAUGUGUUAUCAGUAGAAUAAAUUUUGAAGGGGCUAUUUACUACCAAUGACUAGGGGAAAAUUAUAUUGUCAAUAUCAUUUGACUUGAACAUUUGUGGUAUUGUGAAAGUCUUAUUUGUUGUGUUUAUGAAUUGCUUAAGCCAUACAUACUCUUAAGGAUGUUUUCCUGCUGUGUUCCUUUUCAGUAGCCUUUUUCUGCUUUGUCUGUUACAGUUAAUACUUCAUAGAUGUUAGAAACUGAGAAGUUAUUGAAACAUUUUAUUUUCUUGAGUUCAUCACUUUUGACUCUUGUAUGGUAUGUGAUUUGUUAUAAAGGAUAGCAAACCUUUCACUAACUACUUCACUAAAUGAAUUUCAGAGUAAACACUGUGAUUCCACAGAGUGGAUUCAGUAGGCCCUUCUUUCCAAUGUUUUCUUCUGUUAUGGUGCCUACCACCUUAAGGGCACUUAAAUGGUAGAGGAUGGAAAGUUAAACAUUGUUGUUUUGAUGUUUUUUUAAUAACAAGGAUUACAGAAAAUUUGAUUUUUGUUGUCAGUGUAUUGAAAACAUUUUUGCAUUGAUAAAUGUUCUCUAGGAAUGUGACUACAUUCAUCAGGUGUGAACUCUUGGAAAAUGAAUUUUGUAUCUUGAAUCCACGUGUAUAUUAAGUGUAUCAUCAAUAUAAAAAUAAACAUUAUUUGCUUAAA